AAUUCUACUAGUCGUAAAAAACAUGGGAAAAAAAUAACAGUAGUGGAUCCAGAAAUUGCUAAACGAAAAGCGAAAAGAAACGCACAAGUACAACGUACCAAAGAUGCAUGGAAAAAUUUUAAAUGGAAAUGCGCUACAUGCCAAUUGGAAUGCCCCUCUGUAGAAAAUUUACGUAAACAUUUCACAGAUGAACAUAAACAGAAACCAGUUUAUAGUUGUACAGAAUGUUCAAAUACGUACGAUGUAUUCACAUCUUUCAAAAAGCAUGUGAAGAAACACAGGGAUAAAUAUACAUAUAAAUGUGACAUCUGCUCAAUGUACUUUUAUCAACCAUAUCUAUUAAGAAAUCAUUUACGAAGUCAUUCCGAUGAAAAGAACUAUACAUGUCCAGAAUGUGGAAAUAAUUUUAAAGCUGCUGUUUAUUUACAAAGACAUUUACGAUUACAUCAACCAGAUUUAAGGUUUAAGUAUGAAUGUGAUAUUUGUGGAAAGAAAUUAACAACCUCUUCAAGUUUAUUAAGUCACCAGAAAACAGUACAUUUAGGUAAACGAGAAUUUAGUUGUGAACAAUGUGGAAAAAUGUUUUUUAGAAAAACUGAAUUACAAAGUCAUUUAAAUACAGCACAUUCAGAUGCUAAACCAUUUACUUGUGAUCAAUGUCAACGAUCGUUCAAAACUCGACAUAUAUUAAGAGUUCAUUUACAAGUGCAUAGAGAACAAAAACCACAUGCGUGCGAAGUAUGUGGAAAACGAUUUACAAGAAAAGGAACUUUAGCACUUCAUUCAUCUGUUCAUACUGGUGUUUUGGAUUUCGAGUGUGAAUAUUGCCAUAAACGAUUCCGAACAAAACGUUUUUUAAAGGUCCACAUCAGACAACAUACAGGCGAACGUCCUUAUUCAUGUGUGGAGUGUAACCAUCAUUUCGCCAACAGCUCAAAUUAUAUCAAACAUAUGCGAGGGAAACAUGGAGUGAUGAGUACAAGAAAAAAUGAACCAACGAUUAUUGAAAAUAAUAAAUUGGAAAAUGUUUAAAAAUAUUCAUACAUUUUGGUUCUUACAUUAAUUUUUUUGA